UGCUUCUUGUUCUUCUCAGUUCUCACUCACAGCAAAAGACAAUUCCAAACAACCAGAAUCUUCAGUUUAUUUCCACUACCAAAAUCUUCUGUUUCUUCAUCUUCUUCAGUAUCGUCAAUCAUGGUUAAAGCAGCAGCUCAAGAGGUAAUGAUAAUCUUUCAUAAACCACUUCUAAACUCAUUCUUAUUCUUAAUCAUCUUCAUUUUUCCUUGUAUUGUCUCUGCUUUAUCACCUGAUGGUUUAACUUUACUCUCCCUUUCUCAAAACUGGAUUUCAUCAACAUCAUUAUCAUCUUCGUAUAAUUCUAAUUGGAACUCUACAGAUUCAACACCAUGUAAGUGGAAUGGAAUUAAAUGUGACCAUAAACACAAAAUAAUCUCACUUACAUUAACUAGUUCUAAUAUUACUGGGCAAUUAGGUCAUGAAAUUGGAAAAUUGAGAUCUAUUGAAACCGUUGAUUUGAGUUAUAAUGAUUUCUAUGGGGAGAUUCCAAGUGAAUUAGGUAAUUGUAGUGAACUUACUUACAUAGAUCUAUCUUAUAACACUUUGAAUGGAAGUUUACCUGAUAGUUUGAAGAAUUUGAGGAAGUUGUCUUAUUUGGCAAUUUAUAAUAAUUUGUUGAGUGGAGAAAUACCAGAAUCUUUGUUUAUGUUGGAAAAUUUGGAAUCAGUUCUUCUUUCGUCGAAUCAGUUAACUGGUUCGAUCUCAAGCAAUAUAGGUAACAUGACGAAUCUUAGUUUGUUGUAUUUGUAUUCGAAUAAAUUGUCUGGGAAUGUACCUUACUCAAUUGGUAAUUGCACUAAAUUGACUGAGAUAUAUUUGAAGGAUAACAAUUUCACUGGUGUUCUGCCGAAAAGUUUGAGUAAUCUUAAGUCGCUGAAUGUGUUUGAUGUGGGUUCUAACAGUCUAGAAGGUGGGAUUUCUGAAGGUUUUGAUGGUAGUAAUUGCAAGACAUUAAGCACAUUGGAUUUGUCUUCUAACCGUUUUGAUGGUGAAAUUCCCAGUGAGUUGGGAAAUUGUACUAGUUUGCAAGUUUUUUCAGUGGCCGAUAAUAAAUUAACUGGUGGAAUCCCGUCAUCGAUUGGUUUAAUGACUGAACUUACUGAACUUUACCUCUCUGAAAAUCUUUUAUCUGGGAAAAUACCAGCUGAGAUAGGAAAAUGUAGGUCCUUGACACUGUUUGAAGCUAGUUAUAACCAGCUUGAAGGGGAAAUUCCUAGUGAGUUGGGGCUUUGUAGCAAAUUACAGACACUUUAUUUGUAUGUGAACAAGUUGACUGGGGAGAUCCCGUUGAGUAUUUGGAAGAUUCAAACUCUAGAGAAUGUAAUUGUUUAUAAUAACAGCCUUUCUGGUGAAUUACCUGUAGAGAUGACUGAGCUUCUUCAUUUGAAAAAUAUCUCUCUUUUCAAUAACCAUUUUUCCGGCAUCAUACCAGAAAAGUUGGGGAUAAACAGUUCUUUAUUGGAGCUUGAUUUCGUAAAUAACAGCUUCUCUGGUGAAAUCCCACCGAAUCUGUGCUUCGGAAGACAACUGCAAAUUCUGAAUUUGGGACUGAAUCAGCUGCAUGGUGACAUACCUUCUGAUGUCGGUAGCUGUUCUUGUUUGAACAGGUUGAAUCUUAAACAAAAUAAUCUGACCGGGCUCCUUCCGGAUUUUGUAAAAAAUGCAAGCUUGUCUUUCAUGGAUUUUAGAGGAAAUAGUUUGAGUGGAAAAAUUCCUUCAAGUUUGGGUAAUCUUAUUAAACUGCAAGUUUUAGACCUAUCUGGUAACAAUUUGCAAGGUUCGUUGCGUCAACAAAUCUCGAAGUGUACCAAAUUGUAUUAUCUUGAUGUGGGUUUCAACAAAUUGAGUGGUCCGAUACCAUCUGGUUUAAGGAGCUUGACACUAUUAUCUAACUUGAAACUUCAGGAGAACCAGUUGAAUGGAGAAAUUCCUGAUUUCUUUCCAGAGUUUGAACAUCUUUUGGAGUUACAAUUGGGUGAAAAUUUGUUCAGAGGUUCCAUCCCUCGAUCAUUUGGCAGGUUGCAUGACUCGGUUUAUGCUUUGAAUCUGAGUGGCAAUGCACUUACAGGCCAAAUUCCUGUAGAGUUGGGGAAGUUGCGCAAACUCCAGAAACUGGAUAUAUCUGUCAACAAUAUGACAGGAAGUGUGGCACCAAUAGGUGAGCUCCUCUCAUUAAUCGAAUUGAAUGUUUCAUAUAAUUCUUUCAGUGGCCGAAUACCACAGUCACUGAUGAAGUUCUUAAACUCUUCUCCGACUUCGUUUUUGGGAAAUCCAGGCCUUUGUGUUCAUUGUCCGUUGGGAUCCGACGUAGCUUGUACUGAGAGUAACAACAUUUUGGGUAUCUGUGGUGAUCAAUCAAGAAGCCGCAACAGUCUUAGCAAAGUAAAGAUUGUGAUCAUUGCUAUUAGCUCUGUAUUUGUCGUCAUUGUGGUGGUUCUUGUUUCGGGUUGUAUGUUUCUUUCCAAAAGAAAACAAGAAAUGAAGGAUGAAGUUUCUGAUGAAGAUGAUCAAUCACCUCUAAUAAGCAAAAUUAUGAAAGCUACAGAGAAUUUGAGUGAGAGAUUUGUUAUAGGAAGAGGAGCACAUGGAAUUGUUUACAAGGCAUCCAUCAGUGAGGAGAAUCACUAUGCAGUGAAGAAGCUUGAUUUUGUAGGCCUUAAGGGAGCAAGUGCAAGUAUGAUUAGAGAAAUUGAAACUGUUGGACAAAUAAGACACCGGAAUUUGGUAAGGUUGGAAGAAAUCUGCAUGAGAAAGGAUUAUGGGCUGAUCUUGUACAGGUACAUGCAGAAUGGUAGUCUAUAUGAUGUUUUGCAUGAGAUUAGCCCGACUCCCGACAUCACAUGGGAUAUUCGCUAUAAGAUAGCUCUAGGAACCGCUGAAGGAUUGUGUUAUCUUCACCAGGACUGUCAUCCUGCUAUUGUGCAUCGAGACAUCAAGCCUAACAACAUACUUUUAGACUCAGAAAUGGAAGCCCAUAUCUCUGACUUCGGCAUUGCAAAACUCAUGGAUCAAUCUUCCGCUUCCAUCCAAUCAAUCUCGAUUGCGGGUACCACUGGAUACAUUGCACCAGAGAGUGCAUAUACAAUGAUAGGGAAACCAGAAUCAGAUGUUUACAGUUAUGGUGUAGUUCUAUUUGAAUUAAUAUCUAGAAAGAAGGCUUUAGAUGCUUCGUUUCCAGAAGGAAUUGACAUCGUGAGGUGGGUGAACUCUAGAUGGAGUAGUCAGAAAUCCAUUGAUAGCAUUGUUGAUUCAAGCCUCUUGGAUGAAAUUGUGGUUUCCUCACUAACUGAAGAAGUUACUAAAGUACUCUUGUUAGCUUUACAAUGUACACGAACUGACCCGAAUGAGAGACCUACGAUGAGAGAGGUAGUGAAGCAGCUAGAAGAUGCAAAUACCAGGUGGGAAACAAAAUGAGAGAAAGGGGAGAUCCAUUGGUUAUGAAUUAUUGAGUUCAAAACUUGGAGGAAUGUGAGACAGACUUCAGUGUAUCUAGUGGCAUCAUUCAUUAGUGAGUGAAUUUUACUGGGGAUGGAGUAUUUGCUGAUCCUGUGCUCCAGGGAGUUGUUUGCACGUCUCUUGGUUCAGAAAUCACGAAGAAAAGACCUAAUCUGCUUUGAUCUGACAUUUUACUCAAUGUCGCACAAGUGGUAAACAAAGGCUUAUUCCAAUUUUCAGGUCUUAUCAAUCAGUUCUCUCCUCAGUAUAAUUGUGGCAAUUGUUGUGCCAGCUACAUGCUUCUUUAAAUUGACGAGGAAGCAAGCUACCCAGAGCCAGUUAUUCUACACCAUGAGGUUUGAAUCAUCAACUGCAUCUUACGGCAGCCUGCUUAAUCAGCCACAAUAACAAUUAUGCCAGGACCAAUCAAAGAUCAUGCGAAAACAAAUGCUUUCUCAUUUUCGUCUGAUGCUGGCGGCGGUAGUAGUUCUCGCAGAUUUGUCGGAGUAAGACAGAGAGACCGUACGGGAGAUGGGUGGCUGAGAUCAAAGGCUUCUUUCAGAAGGUUAGGUACAUUUGACACAGUAGAGGAUGGAAUGUGUGCCUAUGGUAAUGCAGACGCUCGCACCAACUUUGAGUUGCUGAUGGAUAAACUCAUCUACUGCCUCUUGUCGCUCUUCCGUCAAAAGUAAUACAGCUAUGCAGAAAUAUAUGACACCAUUCUCCUUUGAGAAUGGUAUUAGUACUAAAAGCUACUUUAGGAUGUGAAAUAAUUGAUGGUGCAGGUAUCACGGGGUCAUCUGGGGAAGUAUAGCUAUUUUGCUUGACCCAUGCUUUAGCUGUGUAUAUUUUAAUGGGAUCUUAGUGCAAAGUCUUUACAAAUUUCUUCAAAAGUGUAACCCAGCAGCACAGUGGUUCUGUGAAUCAAACUUCACCCACCUGCACUUCAGCCUUAUAAAUUUACACCAA